ACCACAGAUCUCCAUCUCUCCCCAAACAACCUGAGAAGAUGACACAAAAUUUCAACGUUUUCUUCCACUGGAGCGUUUGAUUUUCUUUCUUCUUCUUUUUUUUGGACAUGUGUUGUUUGUACCCAACUCUCCUUGUCUGUUUCUUUCUUUCUUCUGUGGAGCCUUUCUUGUGACCAUUUUUAAAUUUUUGAAUCUCUUUCGACCGUUUCCUCUUCGAGAAACCAAAAAAUUGCUUCUGGGAUGCUUCCAAUCCCACCAAAAACUGUGUUUUAGAGUUCGACAAAGAGAGUGAGAGAGCAAGGUGAACAUAUUUGCUUCUGAUUUCAAACUUCUCCCUACGAUUAUUGCAGUUUCGUCCAGUCUUGAAGAAUCAUGGUGGAAGAGGUAAGUGUCGAUCGGGGUUCAGGCGGGACGGAUUCAGAGGCAGAGUCGGUUGAAGAAUGGCUGCUGCAAGCUCAAAAGCUUGUUCCUGUGGCCCUGGAGAAGGCUCUGGAGGUUAAGGUGUUUCCCGGGAGGUGGAAGAUGAUUGUUUCAAAGCUUGAGCAGCUUCCAUCACGGUUAUCGGAUUUGUCGAGCCAUCCUUGCUUUUCAAAGAAUGUUCUUUGCAAGGAGCAAUUGCAGGCUGUUUUGAACAGCUUGAAGGAAACCGUUGAAUUGGCGAAGCUUUGUGUUAGAGAGAAAUUUGAAGGCAAGCUUCGGAUGCAAAGUGAUCUUGACUCGUUGUCUGGGAAAUUGGAUUUGAACUUGCGUGAUUGUGGUCUUCUGAUUAAGACAGGCGUGCUCGGUGAGGCUACUCUACCUCUACCUUUGUCAGGUUGUUCGUCGCAAUGGGAAUCUACUGACUUUGGCAACAUAAGGGAACUGCUUGCCAGGCUGCAGAUAGGCCAUAUGGAGGCAAAACAUCGAGCUCUUGACAGCCUUGUUGAGAUCAUCAAAGAGGAUGAUGAUAAUGUUUUGUCCGUCUUUGGUCGUAAUAACGUUGCUGCUUUAGUCCAAUUGCUCACUGCAACCUCUCCGUGUAUCCGAGAGAAGACCAUCAACCUAAUUUGCCUGCUAGCUGAAUCAGGAAGUUGUGAAAAUUGGCUUGUUUCAGAAGGUGUUUUGCCACCUCUAAUCAGACUUGUCGAGUCUGGCAGUGCUGUGGCUAAGGAAAAGGCAGUGAUUUCGCUGCAAAGGUUGUCAAUGUCAGCUGAUACUGCCCGUGCAAUAGUUGGGCAUGGUGGGGUUCGACCUCUUAUUGAACUCUGCAAGACCGGUGAUUCUGUAUCGCAGGCUGCUGCUGCUUGCACAUUGAAGAACAUAUCAGCCGUACCUGAGGUUCGACAAACUUUGGCUGAAGAAGGGAUCAUAAGAGUGAUGAUCAGUCUUGUAGAUUGUGGAAUUCUGUUGGGAUCGAAAGAGUAUGCAGCUGAAUGCCUACAAAAUCUCACUGCUUGCAAUGAAUCUCUAAGGAGAUCGGUCAUCUCUGAAGGUGGUCUUCGCUGCAUAUUGGCAUAUCUUGAUGGCCCUCUCCCUCAAGAAUCUGCGGUCGGGGCAUUGAGGAAUUUGGUCAGCUCAGUUUCAAUGGAACUUCUGUUGUCUCUGGGCUUCCUCCCUCGUCUAGUACAUGUGCUCAAGUCUGGAUCAGUUGGUGCACAGCAGGCUGCAGCAUCAGCAAUCUGCAGGGUAUGCAGCACACCAGAGAUGAAGAAGCUAAUAGGUGAAGCUGAGUGCAUCCCUCUCCUGAUUAAACUCCUCGAGUCCAAAUCAAACAGCGUCCGAGAAGUGGCAGCGCAGGCAAUCUCUAGCCUUGUGACCCUUUCGCAGAACUGCAGAGAAGUUAAAAGGGAUGAAAAGAGUGUCCCGAAUCUUGUCCAACUGCUUGAUCCCAUCCCCCAAAACACAGCAAAGAAAUAUGCCGUUGCGUGUCUCGUGUCACUCUCUUCAAGUAGGAAAUGCAAGAAGCUGAUGAUAUCAUAUGGGGCAAUAGGGUAUUUGAAGAAGCUAUCAGAGAUGGACACACCGGGCUCAAAGAAGCUGCUAGAGAAACUGGAAAGGGGAAAGUUGAGAAGUCUGUUCAGUAGGAAAUAGGGCUCUUGCGUUUUGGAUGUUUUUAGUAAAAGUUGGUUUCAUAAGCUAAAAUGAAACAAGCAAGUAGGUUUGGACUUGGGAGGAUAACAAACAGAAGGUUGCCAAUGAUCUGGUAAACUAUUUUCCAUCAUCUAUGAAUAUACUUUCCUAGUAUGUUCUGCUUAUGCUGUUUGUUUGAUGUCUAAUCUAGUCGAGUACUCUCUUCUAUAUGUCCAACAAAGGAUUGAACAAUGUUGAAUAAAGAAUAUAAAUUAAAUUAAAAUAAAGUAGUAUCAUAAUUUUGUAGAAA